UUUAAAAGCAACAAUGAACAGAUCUUCCAUUGAAAUCGAGCGCAAGAUCCUGCGCCUUCUUCAUGGUCACAAAACCCGAACCCAACUCACUCAAAUCCACGCUCAUUUUCUCCGCCACGGCCUUCACCAUUCCAACCAAAUCCUAUCUCAUUUCGUUUCCGUAUGUGGUACCCUCAACAAGAUGAAUUACGCAGUUUCAAUCUUUAAACAAAGCCAAAAUCCCAACAUUAUCCUCUUCAAUUCCAUGAUCAAAGCCUAUUCACGUAACGGGCCUUUUGAAGAGUCUCUGAACUUGUUUUCUGCGAUGAAAAGUCGUGGCAUUUGGCCUGAUGAGUACACAUUUUCGCCAUUGCUUAAGGCGUGUGUAAGUGUUUCUGAUGUUAGAGAUGGCCAAUGUGUUCAUGGAGAGGUUAUUAGAAGUGGGUUUGAGUGUUUUGGAUCACUGAGGAUUGGGAUUGUUGAGUUGUAUACAAAGUUUGAUGAGAUGGGGCAUGCUAUGAAGGUGUUUGAUGAAAUGGGUCAAAGAGAUGUGAUCGUUUGGAAUUUGAUGAUUCGUGGGUUUUGUAAAAGAGGAGAUGUCGAGACGGGGUUGCAUCUUUUCAGGGAAAUGAGUGAGAGAAGUGUUGUUUCUUGGAAUUCAAUGAUUUCUUACUUAUCACAGAGUGGGAUGGAUAGUGAAGCUUUGAAAUUAUUUCAUGAAAUGCGUGAUCAAGGAUUUGAGUUAGAUGAGGCAACUAUUGUUAAUGUAUUGCCUGUUUGUGCUCGUUUGGGAGCUGUUGAUGUUGGGGAGUGGAUUCAUUCUUAUGCUAAAUCAAGUGGCCUUUAUCAGAAUAUUGUUUCAGUUGAAAAUGCGUUAGUUGAUUUUUAUUGUAAGUGUGGAAUUUUGGAGACUGCUAGAAAGAUUUUUAGUGAAAUGCCUAAAAAAAAUGUGAUUUCUUGGAAUGCCAUGAUUUCAGGCCUGGCUUUCAAUGGAAGGGGUGAGCUCGGCGUUGAAUUUUUUGAGCAGAUGAUGACGGAAGGUUUGACUCCUAAUCCCACUACUUUUUUGGGUGUUCUAACGUGUUGUGCUCAUGCUGGGAUGGUGGAAAAAGGGUGGGAGUUGUUUGCUUCAAUGACUGAAAGGCACCAUGUAGAGCCAAAUCUCGAGCAUUAUGGAUGCAUGGUUGAUGUCCUUGGACGUAGUGGAUGUGUUAGAGAAGCUUAUGACCUGAUUACAAGCAUGAGUAUUAGGCCAAAUGCUACUUUAUGGGGUGCCCUGCUAAGUGCUUGCCGAACUCAUGGUGAUGUAGAACUUGCAGAACAUGCUGUUAAAGAGCUUAUUAAUCUUGAGCCAUGGAAUUCUGGUAAUUAUGUUUUAUUAUCGAAUAUUUAUGCAGAAGAGGGGAAGUGGGAUGGUGUUGAGAAGGUAAGAGUGUUGAUGAGAGAAAAGAGUAUAAAAAAAUCACCAGGCGAGAGUGCUAUCAGAUAAUUACACAAUACUGGUUCAACUAUACAGUGUUCCCCCUAUAAUGAGAUUUUCAAUUUCCCUACUGGAUGGAAUGUAUAUCCUGUGGAUCUUUCAUUCAUGAAGAAUAGCGAUGAGUUGCUGCGAAAGCCAAGCAAGCUCUCUUCUCUUGGUAAUGUGUCUUCAUUUCUGUCCUUACGAAUGAUGAUAAUGUGGGAGAUGUGAGGGUAAAUGGAAAUGAAUUCGACAAUGAGAUGAGAGAACUUAAACAACUCAGUUUUCUAUGGAACCACGGAUCUUAUUUUCCUAGUUUACUGCUAGUUUUAUCUCUACCUGUAUGUUCACUUGCAAGAAUUUUUGUGGUAUGGAGAGUUAAGAAUCUCAGAAUCUCAAAUAUUGUUACGGUAAACAAGAAUGUAUUUCCUCUAGCAAUGAGGAUACAUAUAUAAAAGAUAUACUGAGGAGGCCUAAACGCUGAAGGAUGAAGUAAACAUGAUUAGUGAAAGUAUAGUGGGGAAAGCAAACAUGUUUACAAUUUAUAUUAGGAAGAAUGUUCAUCUUCGACAAUAAUUGAAUGGUAUU